AUGGGUGUAGCUUCAUUGAUUCUUUUGAUCUUCAUCACUAUCUUAGCACCACCCAUUGGUGUUUUCGCAGUUGCAGGAUGCGGACCCGAUCUUUUAAUUAAUAUCUGUUUAACGCUACUUGGGUACAUACCAGGACAUAUCCAUGCAUUCUACAUCGAAUACGUCUACUAUGAACGACGGGAAGCAGGCAGAGAAGGUAGAUUCCAAGCUGCUCGAGCACCGGGGAUCUAUUCCGAUAGAGUACAAGGUGGAGGUUACGGUACGAUCGUUGAACCUGCGAAUUAG